GCUCUCUCCUUGUCCUGGAGGAUCUCCUCCAGCUCCUCCACCAAGGAUGGACAGGAAGGAGAUCAGCAGAAGAAUAUUAGACCUCACCUUGGAGAUCAUCUCCCUGCUGAGCGGAGAGGAUUACACAAUAGUCAAGACAUUGGGGAGGACUCCCAUCAUCCAUGUCCAUAGAUCAGGAAGAUGGAACAGGGCCACCAACACAGAGCCUCCCCCCCUGAUACAUGAGGAGAAGGUCCUAGAACUCACCCACAAGAUGAUGGAGCUGCUGACUGGAGAGGUUCCUAUAAAGUGUCAGGAUGUGGCGGUGUAUUUCUCCAUGGAGGAGUGGGAGUAUUUAGAAGGACAGGAGGAUCUGUACGAUGAGUCCAUGAUGGAGGAGCAACAGCCUCUGACAUCUCCAGAUGGACUCAUAGAAGGAAAUCCCCCCGAGAGAUGUCCCCGUCCUCUGUAUUCCCAGGACUGUCCAGAGGAGAAGCUCCCAGAGAACCCUCAGAUGACAAAUCAGGGGGAAGAUGUGACUGAUAUUAAAGUGGAGGAUGAAGAAGAGCGGAUGAUAGGCAAUCCCCCGUGUAGGAGUGAGGUGGAGGAGGACAUUCCAGGAGAUGUGACCACAGGAAAUCCCAGUAAGAAUUCGGAAGAAAACAUCAUGUUAUCACUAAAUUAUAAAGAAGAAGAUGAAGAUACCAUGCAGCGCUCUUCAGGAGAAAACUGCAUUACCUGUAAUGUACAUCCAGGACCUCACAGUACAGAAUCAGAUCCAUCAAAUAAUCCUCCUAAUCAUAAGGAACCUUCUUCUGAUCGAUCACAGAUUGGUACCACAAGUAAUGGGCAGAAAGGAGGUAAAAGGUUUCAAAGUGGGGAAUAUGGAAAACAGUUUACAAAAAGCAUCGAGUUUAGAAAACCAAGAAGCACCUGGUUGAAUAAAUCAGGAAUCAACGGGAUGGAAUAUUGA